AUGUCCGCACGGCCAACAACUCCAGCCUCUCCUAAGAAUGUCAGGGUGAAGUCGCCGGUUCCUGGACUGCCCAUGUUUGGCUGCGAACACAUACAACUCCUCCUGAGCAAAAACCAGGAGGUCAUGAACAGUUCUAUUACACACUACAAGUUGAUUCUCCGCGGAAUCUUUGAUGCGACACCGAUCGUUCCUCAGACCUCGACACUAGACGGCCGACCCGUCACAUCGCUCACCUCGAAUUACCUCUGCCUGCAGUGUCCGUCAACCGUAACUGAAGAAGAACGCUUGAGACAUGGGACUAAAAAACAGCAUCGAUUCUAUGUCGACUCCAGAAGUGGCUGCCUUUAUUGUCAGAUAUGCGACGAUUAUAUUUGGGAUCCAACUCUUGAGGAGCUACGGGUGAGAAAGAUAGGAACGGGUUCUUUUUCUGGCCGAAAGAGGAAACACGACGAGUUAUUCACGGGUUCUUUUAAGGAUGAUCCGCGGUUUAUUUCUAACAAUACAAACACGGCUUCAUGCCGAGCCAACGGCCUACGUGGCAUCUACAACGCCGGUGCCACCUGCUAUCAGAAUGUCGUUCUACAGAGCUUCCUGCACAAUCCUUUGCUUAGGAAUUUCUAUCUCAGCGAUGGUCACCAGAGCAGUGACUGCCAGGUUCCUCAUUGUUUGAGCUGUGCCAUGGAUGACAUGUUUCAAGAUUUCUAUGCUUUAGAGACAACCAAUGGCUACACCGCUGCCAACAUCUUGUCGGGGUUCUGGAUUUCGGAGAAAAAGGCAUUCGAGAAUCUUGUGACCACCAAGGAACAAGAUGCCCACGAGUUCUUUCAGUUCUUGGCUGAAGAGCUCCACGAGCGUAACGGAGAUGGUAAAAAGCCAGAGAUCGGCAGUGAGCAUAGUUGCAACUGCAUUAUGCAUCAGACAUUUUAUGGUAAGAUGCAAACAACAACGACAUGCCAGAACUGUUCUGGCCAAAGCAACUCUAUCCAAUCAUUCUUGGACUUGAGCUUAGGCCUCGAAAACGUCGUUCAAAAGAAGAGUAAAAGAACGGGACAGAAGAAGCCUACUGUCUCUUUGCAGGAUUGCCUCGAUGAGGAAUACAUCAAGUACGACAAGUGCGAGUAUCGGUGCAACAACUGCAAUGGGACCCAACAAGCGAAACGACACACCAGCAUAAAGCGGCUGCCCAAUGUGCUGUCGAUACAACUCAAGCGUUUUGAGUACAGGCAUGGUCGACACGAUCGCGCUGCCUCCAAGGUUGAUAACGAAGUCAAGUUCCCGCUACAACUCAAUAUGAUGCCCUACACUAAUCGGGUUCGAAAUCACGACAGCCGAGAAAGCCUUGAGCUAGAGCGGUCUUGUACGUAUGAUCUACUCAGCGUCGUGGUACACGUCGGUGAGCUGGACACUGGCCAUUACACAUCGUACUGUCGAGUUGGCGAUCAACAAAGUGGUUCAAGUUCAAUGAUCACAAAGUAG